AUUCACGCGCUUCUCGUGCGCGCGAGCAACCGGGCUCUCACAGUACAGUUAAAUACAUGGCAAGCUGAUGGACAGUAAUGAACAGUUAUUGUUUUAAAUAUCAAGAAAGCGCACUCGGCUAUAAUUGAAACUCGUUGGAUCUCACCUUGGAUUUAAAAUACAGAUCAAUAGAGGACCAUUGGAAAUGUCAAAGAAGAUGAUGCGCAGCUGUUGGGUGUUUUGUCUGUUAGUGCUGGGAUCUGUCACAGAGCUUAUUGCCAGUCCUGAGGUGAACGAAAGUCAGCAACAGGUUCCUCAGAAUGUGUAUCAUGACAUUAGCAUUACCAGAAACAAGAUUGUGACUGCCCAGUUCGAAUGCUAUCAGAGGAUCAUGAAGGACAACCCUCAAGACAGAAAAACUGGUCCAGUAUGCAACAGGACCUGGGAUGGAUGGUUAUGUUGGGACGACACGGAGGCCGGUGUCACAUCUGAGCAACACUGCCCGGACUAUUACCAGGACUUUGACCCUACAGAAAUAGUCAUUAAAAUAUGCACAGAAAGUGGCCAGUGGUUCCUGCAUCCCGCGAGCAACCGAACAUGGACAAAUUACACCAGAUGUAAUUUGCACUCUAAUGAAGGACGAAGGACCGCAAUGAACUUGUUCUACUUGGCAUUAAUAGGUCAUGGGCUUUCCCUAACAUCGUUGUUUAUUUCACUCACCAUAUUCUUCCAUUUUAAGAGUUUAAGCUGUCAGAGAAUAACCCUGCACAAAAACCUCUUCUUUUCCUUUGUAUUAAACUCCAUCGUCACUAUCGUUUGGUUAACAGCAGUGGCAAACAACCAAGAACUACUCCAGCGAAAUCCAAUCAGCUGUAAGGUAUCGCAGUUCAUCCAUCUGUACAUCUUUGGAUGUAACUACUUCUGGAUGCUGUGUGAAGGGAUCUACCUGCACACGCUUAUUGUUGUGGCAGUGUUUGCCGAAAAACAGCAUUUAAUGUGGUACUACCUCCUUGGAUGGGGUUUCCCACUUAUACCAGCUACAAUACACGCCGUAGCCAGAAGUUACUACUACAAUGAUAAUUGUUGGAUCAGCUCAAAUACGUCUCUCCUGUACAUUAUUCACGGCCCUAUCUGUGCAGCACUAUUGGUGAAUUUGUUCUUUUUGCUGAAUAUCGUACGAGUCCUCAUCACCAAGCUGAAAGUAACGCAUCAGGCAGAAUCGAGCCUCUACAUGAAAGCUGUGCGGGCCACACUUAUUCUGGUUCCACUACUGGGCAUCCAGUUCGUCCUCCUGCCAUACAAACCCGGCGGGCGUGUUUCAGCAGAAAUUUACGAAUACAUUAUGCAUAUCCUAAUGCAUUAUCAGGGACUGCUGGUGGCCACAAUCUUCUGCUUUUUCAAUGGGGAGGUUCAAGCGGUUUUGAGAAGGCACUGGAAUCAGUAUCGCAUUCAGUUUGGCAGUACCAUCACCCACUCUGAUGCGCUGAGAUCUGCCUCAUACACUGCGUCAUCCAUCACUGAGGUCCAGGGCUGUUACAGCAUCGACGGCAAUACAGAACAACUGAACGGCAAAAACUGCCAUGAUAUUGACAACAUCAUAAAACCAGAGAAUCCCUUCGCCUGAUUUCAGCAAAAAAAAAAAAAAAACUGCUGGCAUUUUCACUCAAAUGCCUGACUUGGACCUUUUACCCAUAAUUCACUGCUUGUGCUUUUUGAUGGGUGAAGGAGACGAAAGCAUUUCUCCUGGUAUUUACACUGAAAAACACACAUUACUACCUUCAAGUAGUGUUAUUAAAUAAACAGGCGCUAGUGGCCUUGUCUUUGUACUUCACAGUAUUUUAGGUUGCCUAACUGCUGUGUCGAAGUGUAAAUAGUUCGCUCUCAGAUAUCACGUGUAAUGCACUUAUUUGUCUUAUAAGAUCAACCCCUUUUUGUAAUUAUACAUCUAAUCCCAAAGAAGACGAGACUAAUGAGAAAUCUAUAUUUUUACUAAAUCUAUUGAUCACAAGGAAAAAUGACAGUGUGCCCAUGUAUACUUGAAUACUUAGAUUAUGGUGGUAUUACAGAGCAUUUGUUUUUGUUUUUAUAGCGAACAAUCAAAUUAUAUAUUCAUUAGGAAGUUUAUCAACUGGGGCCACAAAAGAUUAGUGCCAAAAAAUUUAUCAUCAUGAAGUCAUCUUUCUCUGAAACCAUACGCAGUGUUGGUAAUUGACAGUGAUUCAACCCUCAAAUGAUUUCAAAUAUAUUUACUUAUUUUAUUACCCAUUUUUAAUUCCCAUCACAUUAAUGUUACCAGUAACGAACUACAAAUUAAGAGUUUGGUCUCAAAACGCGAUAAACGCCAUUUUAAAAAAUUAUUUUGCGCCAAAAUCAGUACUGUAUCUGGUCAGUAUUAAAAAGUAAAUUCUUCAUUUUUCACAAAAUCCGAUAUACGUCGUGUUGUCAUCUUUUGUCCCUUUUUUUCCAAACUGUGACAAACGCCAGUCAUCCUUCUCUGCAGAAUGCAAUAAAUCUGCUUAACCAAUCACAGCGCACCAUUCCACCCAUUGCAAACAAUAAUGGCGGUGCUUUGAAAACACACAGAAUCCUAGUUUUCCUCAUCUACUUUGUACUUCGUGAUCAACAAACAAACAAAAACAAAAUAAUACUUUUGAUAGCAUUGAUAAACCUGUGGUGGUUUUCUGUGGCGGGGAAGAAACGUAAGCCAUCAAAAUCUAAAAAUUCAUCAAGCAUCAUGUUAUGCUAACACAUUGACCCCAGGGGAUCUUAUGAAAAACUUUGCAUUAUUUUACUCAAAGUCAACAAAAAUUUAGCAGAAUAAAACAUUUUACAGCUGAUCGCUGUCAAAAAGGUUCAGCAACGACGUCCCAAGGAUGACAGCAGCAAUGACAGUGUUCUUAAUAUGACAAAAAGUUUUGAUAAAUGCCAUUCAUGUUUUUAAUCAUUGGACUAAAUGAAUAUAACAUGGCAAAGAUGAAUGCAAAUGUAUAUAUUGAUUCAAUAGUAUUUUGAAAAAAAAUUAUAAUAAAUCUUUGAUAAACAAAUUAUGGGUUUGAAUUUUUAAUAUUAUUAUAACCUAAAGAUGCUAUGUGAAAGUUUGUAACAGAAAAUAGUGUUUUUCAUCUUGUCACUGUCUUGGUAUAGACAACAUGUUUUUACCCAAAUUAGUCGAAAUGGAUUUAUUGCGUUUUGGAACCAAACUCCUCAAAUAUAGCGAUUCCUCAUCAUAAUUCAAGAACAUCUGCUUAAGAGUCCCCAAAAAUUACACUGGACCAUAGUUUUUGUAUCAUUUGUGACCCUAUGGACCACAAAACCAGUCAUAAAAAUUUUAAUUGAGAUUUAUACAUCACGUCAAAGCUUCAAUUGAUGUAUGUUUGUUACGAUAGGACAAUAUUUGGAAAUCUGAGGGUCAAAAUAUUAAUAAAAACCACCUUUAAAGUUGUCCAAAUUAAGUCCUUAGCAACUGCUUCCACUCACAAAAUAAAGUUUUGAAAUAUUUACAGGAGAAGUUUACUUUCAUUAUAUCCUAAUGGGAUAAAAGAAAAAUCUAUCAUUUUGUCCCGUACAAUGUAUUGUUGGCUGUUGGUACAGUGAUAGCUACGCUACUUGUGACUGGUUUUUCACUUAAUGUGUAAAAGCCUUACAGCAUGAUAACAUACGAAACAGUAUAUUUUGUGUCAUAUUCUAAUCGAUUUUCCACAAAUGCCAAACCCAAUCCUUCAGUAUUGAUUUAAUUUUAUGAUUUCAUAGACUUAUAAGUGCAUGAUUAAUCUGUGACUGAAUUAAGGUACAAUAUUGCACUACCUAGAGUAUAUUAUUCAAGAGCUCUUUCAGUAUAGUACAGUUACAGUAUAUUUACAGUAUAGUACAGUAAAUACAUCACUUUCAUAAUAAAGAUUGCUCAUAUGUAAUUCAUCUUCUAACCUAAACUGCCUAAAUCACUUUACAUACAUUCCAUACGAGCGGCUAGGGUUUAUUUUUGUUAAUGUCACAUUAUAUUUACUCUGUUUUGGAAAUAAUUUUCUGCCUAACUGCUACUUUUUUUUCAUUUCCUGACAAAAUUUUCAUAUAGACUUUCUGAAUAGGAAUGUGUUUAUACUAUGUAAAUAUUAUAUUCUUAGCUUUAAAUAUAUUUAAAGGGGUGUGCAUUGCUUUGGCCUUGCUUUGCAUUGUGUAUUCCUUUCAUCGUAAACAACAGAUGUAACUUUACUCUGGUUUCAUACACACCAGUGUUGACAUUUCAUACCAUAGCAUUUCGCACUAUGUAAAGAAAUGCCAGUCAAACAUCAGCUGUAUUGUUUUUUUUCAGGUUCCCCCAAUGCAAUUGAAACACAAGUAGUAUACUUUUACUUCAAUGUCAGUUCACUUUUCAUAAGUGUGUUUCUGUUUUUGUGUUGUCUGAUAUUUUGUGUGUUUUAGUGAAAACACUCACUGCAGGACAGUUUCAUGUGUGUUGUAGUACAGUGCUGUAUGUUGCGAAUAUUACUUACAUAUGCUUUUUGUCUGAUAUGGUAAGUUGCAAGUUGAUAUCAGAAUGUUAAAUUAUGUAUAUCAUAUGCUGCAUUUUAACCAUUACAAACUUUCAUUUCUGUAUGAAUGUACUGCGUUUUCCUGAAUUCUCCUCCUGGGGUGUAUUCGUCUAAAAUUUAUUAAAAUGUGGGAAUCAUGUUGCAA